AUGACCAUGCACACCGUGUGCAACCACUGUACAAGCAUCCUGGCAGAAUACGGCCGACCAGCCACUAUCGUGGCCGACUUCGGAUCUAAAAAAAAAAAAUUAAACGCAAAGAAAGCGGCAGCACGCUAUGUUGUAGUUCCCCAGUCCACCAUGAAGCCAACAGCCUGAAAGAGAGAGCAAUUGGAACCUCCCAGUUGCUGUUGCUGAAAGCACUAGGGGGGAAAGAAUGUCCGCUCACAGCAUUGUCGACAUAUCGCACGACCCCUCUUGAUGACCGAAUGCCAUCACCCCACGAGUUGCUGUUUGGACGUAAACCAAAAACAACACUCCCAGGCAGCGGAAAAGCACUGGCAUCCAAACACCUGGAUAAUGACCUUCACUAAGAAGCUAACGAGAGACGUCAAGAAAGGUAGGCGGUAUUCUAUGACAGAAGGGCUGGUAGUGACAAGAGGUCCCUUAGUAACCGAGAACCAAAGUUCGUCUGCAACACCUUGAAGAAUAUCUCGCAGCCGGGAACUUUGCUUAAUAGACCACAGCCAAUAGAGAGCCCUGGAACUUACACAGUGGACAUUCAAGGAACAAUCUACCAGAGAACUAUGGAGCACCUGAGACCAAGGAGUCAGAGCGAAGUAAAUGUACCCCCUUCGGCCGGCAGUAACCUUCCACGUACAUUGACCCCGGUACAAAGUUCCAAAGGUACACACGUACCCAACGUCAGGGCAAUAACGUCUCCUCAGUUGGCAGAAGGUAGCCCUAAGGGCAGUGUACCAACACGAGAUAAUGCAAAAAUAUCUGCGGUACGCAGUUUAGCAGAUAUUUGUUUUCUGCACGUUCUUAUAUGGUUAAUUACGUGUAUUAUCUGGUCUGUUUGUGUUUCUGUAUUCUUGGUGUUAAGUAUUUUGCAUACAGUUAUAUAAGUGUCUUGUUCAUUCGUAUUCGUCCUUCGGGUCUGUGAACGCCUAACAAGCCACAGUCUGAUUUUUUUUUUGUUACUUUGAAUUUCUCAGCUUAUUGAAAAUAUUGUUUGUUUUGUUUUCUAGUGACUGGAGUUCGGCUUUUGCUCACAUCUUUUUCUUCAUUUCAAUGACCAACCCUCGCCGUUACUGGCUACAAUAUAGAUGAAGAAAAGGAUUCAUUUGUCAAUCCUCAGAUGAGUGUGAUUUGAAUUAAUUAAGUGUUUCCGAAGAAUUUUUCCUGGGGAUAUCUGAUCAGGAGUUAUUUAAGGUCGCUUUAAGUCCUCCUUUAGGCUUUGUGAGUCCCGCUUAAAAGCACCUCAGUUCGCUGUUGCUACCAUUGCCCACUUCCGAAUUUUUAGCCAAUGGCUGUAUUAUGGAGCAUGGUGAGCCUCCAUUCUGACAGUAGCAGUCGUCAUCGAUCUUAUGCAGUCACGUAAACUGCUACCUCGUUCGUUAAAUACGGGACUUUUCGUACCUUAUCGCAUGUUCUUGAAGAGGGGCAACGAGGCUAUGAAUGGGACCUACAAUCUGGAUCGACAUUUCCUUAGAACACCAUAAGUAUAUAGGUUUUUCUUGGCCCUUCAAUGGUGUGCUUUGGUAGUUCGCUUUCUCGAUUUUAGUCUUUGGUCUAGUUAAGCGUUUGUUUUUGUUUUACUGGCUUUCUAUGGGUCUGAAGUUUCUUGUUUAUCUCGAUGACGCAAUUGGUAGUCAUGUCAGAGGACUUCCGCCGCCCGGUAGCUUUUAUUGAGCGCAAGGGGUUUAUUCUUCCGGUUUCCUAAUUGGUAAGGAGAACUCCUAAGUGACUCGGGUUUGCGGUGUGCACUAUUUGUUUUACGUUUUAGAUUCCCGAGAAGCAAGUCUUCAGCUAGUGUAGCGGCUUUGGCCGAAUUCUGCAAUUCACAAUGAGUCAUCUUUCUAUCGCAUAGCAGCUGGGAUGGCUGGUUCCAUUAUUUCACUUGCCUCGACAGCGGUGGGGCCCAUUCCCAUCUUCGUACAAGCCAGACGUAGGUAGCUAUAGAGUCUUCAUCGGCUUAGGAUCACCUUUUUCGUUUCACUCCCCCUCGGCUGGUGGAAUUGAAGUUUUCGUUUUUGUGACAUAGAUUCUUUAAACGGUAACUCCAUUCGGUCGAUUAUUUGGGUCAAAGUUCUAUUUUGGGGAAUUUGAUAGUUAUUUAAUAUUAUGUUUUGCUUUCUUUUGUAGAGCAGUUAAAGCAAAGGAGGGUGAAACUUUUCUCUGACAACCAGAGUGCUGCCAGAGUACUUUCCUUUGGUGUCUUUAAGGUCCAUACAGUCGGUGGCUCUAAGCGCUUUUCUUGUUUGUUUUCGCAUGGUAUUGUCUUGGAAGCACAGUGGAUUCCUAGAUCGCUCAACGGUAAGGCUGAUCCUUUGCGACGUUUCUUUGACAAGGAUGAUUCGCCAGUUAAUCUCUAUGUGUUUGGAGUCGUUGAAGCCCAAUGGAGUCCUCGCACGAAUCUUAACCGUUGCACAUUCUAUUAUAGAGCGCUCAGCUUCCGCGUUUUGACUCCUACUUUGCUUCUCCUCGUUGUAGGUGUGACCAAAGCCUUUGUCCGAGACUGAGUGGAAAGGAUAACUGGAUUUCCUUUCCAGUGGGUGUUGUAGUGGUCGCCUGUUUUGAGCCUGAUUUGAUAUAUUUGUGUGCCCGGUUUGGCACAUUUGUAUGGCAUGUGAGCCUGAUUUGGCUUAUUUUUUAGCCUGAUUUGGCAUAUCUGUGAGCCUGCUUUGGCUUGAGUUGUGAGUCUGAUUUGGCAUAUCUGUGAGUCAGCUUUAGCUCAUUUUAGAGGCUGAUUGGGCAUGUUUCAAGUCAUUUCAAUGGUGUCGGCUCGUUUUGGACCUGUAAUUUCAAUUCUUCUUUGCGCGAAUAUUUUGCUCAGCGCCUCCCUUGUCCAAUGUUUUUUGUUCAGUUAAGUAAAUAGCGCUGUAGUUGCUUUAUUUUUACGCUAUUUCUUUUAUUUCAGUUGCCCUAAAUUCCAGGUUAUGGCUUAAAACAGCCCCCCUGACUGACUCUUCGCUGAGGGAUACAGUUCCAGGCCUGACUGGUUUACAGUUGGAUGCUAACGCUCCAUCCACAGUCUUGAAGAUACGGGUCUGGCUUAAUGUGGUGGCGUGAGUGGCUUUAUCGAAGACUGGUGUUUCUUCUAUUCGAAAAGCCUUUGCAUGUCUCAUUGUAUCUAUCUAUCUAUCUUAGAGUUCUGUGGAUAACACUGGCGCAUCUUAUUUACAAUCUCCUGUUUACAGUAUAAAUUGGGGCCAUGCAGUGGCUGGUAUUUAAGUUUGUUCUGUUAGCCACCCAUUGCUUGAGUUUCCCUUUAAAUUAGAGAACGCCAAAAGAAGCUAGGCUUGAGCGCCUAAGUACCUGCUAUCUGUUAGUUCUGUAAUGCGAUUUCUGCAGAUUUUGCCUCUAAAUCGCGUUGUUUUCCAUCUAAAAUAUAUACAUGUAAUAGUUUUAUGUCGAUUUAUGUGUCGAUCUAUUUUGAACUCUAAGGCCUUGUCCCGUAGCUGAGACGUAGUGUUUUAUUAAGUUCUCGCUUCAGUCCUCCUCUGCGUUUCCAUUAGUUCGUAGAAUUGUCCAAGCUCAAUCUUAGGAGUACGGUACAUUAUACUUUCAUUCUAUUGCAAGUCUUUCUUUAUUCACGUUAUUUAGGAGGCGAGUUUAAGAGGCAUAUCAAGCCAUUAGUUAGUGAUGUUUCUUAGUAAGUACGGCACCCACAAGUGGGGGCGAGUCUGACGAGACCCUCAAUCCAACUUGUAGGAGAAUAGCAGGUGAUUUGUCGGAUAUCCACGCCGGUUGGAGGUGCGAGUCCACUAAGCCAGCAUAGGCAUUUUCGGCAUGGUCUUAACGAGCUCUCCGUAUCUAGAUCAGUUUCAGUCCAGGUGUAUUUCAUAGAGAUUUAGAUAUAUUUCAGAAUAUUUUCCAGAAUUUGCGUGUAAUUGAUGGCGCUUAGCCUUAUCGAAGUCACUUUCAGUCCAGAGGUAUACAAGUUUUAGUUUAUUUUCCAGUAUACACGUGUAAUGGUUUUAUUAGAAAAUCUUGCUUUUGUCUGUAAAGUUGCAAUUCUGAGUAAUUUCUUUAGAGUCCUGGCGAGGGACGUAAGUUGCACCUGGCCUGCCCCAGAUUUGCUGUGCUUUUUUCCCUACGGGUUUUUUUGGGACAGGUUUUUUCUGGCCACCCUGGCACACUUACAUGUAGGCUUUAGUUUAAUUUCAUUUACUGUAGUGUUUUAUUUUUUGGGUACAAUUAAAGUGGGUUAUAACGUUGCACCCAGGCCAUAUCCAAUAUUCUCCAUGAUUUGUUGUCUAUGUUGUUUCUUGUUUUUCUGUUAACUUCUAGAAAGUGCAGAAAUUACCUAGUUCCAAGCUACCUUGCAGUGAGAAGCAAGCUGAUCGUAAGCCAGUCGGAGCCGUCGUAGCCAGUGAAAGAACUGGCGACCAGUCAAAGAGCAAGGUACAAGAACAGGACGCAUCACCCUGUUUCCAACCAAGUUUA